AUGUUCAUUUCUUCCGCUACCAUCUCUCGUCGCGACGACACCUGGCCUGUACCCAAGUGUCUAAAAACAGGUCCAGGCUACUGCACCAUUUACAUCGCCACCUCUGACGACGAUGUUCCAGACUACCGCGGCGCCGCACUUUUCGACAACAACUGCAAUCUUCUUCAGGCAGUCAAAGGCUCAAAGACGACCCCCAAACUCACUUUGAAGGGAGUCUGCCGCGAUAUGUAG